AUGCCUCUCGGGAUCCAUAACCCUCUGCCGUCGUCUUUGGCCAGUGAAUGCAAGAAGGUAGCGAAAAUCUUAACAUCCUUCGUCGACCCUAAGCAGGCUUUCGGUCCAGACAAGGUUAUCCCUCCAGAGAUUCUGGCUGGCGCUAAGGGGUUAGCGAUUCUCACGGUCUUGAAAGCUGGUUUCAUUGGUUCUGGUCGAUUCGGUUCGGGUAUCGUUGUUGCUCGUCUUGCUGAUGGCACUUGGUCCGCUCCAUCUGCCAUCGCGACCGCUGGCGCAGGUGUCGGUGGCCAGAUUGGUUUCGAACUGACUGACUUUGUUUUCAUCCUCAACGAUGCCUCGGCUGUUCGCACAUUCUCCCAAUUCGGUACACUCACGCUGGGUGGUAACGUCUCGCUCGCCGCAGGACCCGUCGGUCGAAAUGCAGAAGCUGCCGGUGCGGCUAGUACAAAGGGUGUUGCUGCCAUCUUCUCCUACUCCAAGACUAAGGGUCUAUUCGCCGGAGUCAGUUUAGAGGGUAGUAUGCUGGUCGAGCGCAAGGAUGCCAAUCAGAAGAUGUACCAAAGCCGUGUUUCGGCUAACCAACUUCUCACUGGUACUGUGCGCGCUCCGCCAUCUACUGAUGCAUUGAUGCGCGUGCUCAAUUCGCGCAUCUUCCAAGGAAAUGCCCGCGCCUCCGGGGACGCAAUGUACAAUGAUGUGCCGGUCUACGAUGAAAGCCAUGACGAUGUAGUUUGGGAAGGUCGGAGAGGUGAAGCCUAUGGCCAAGGCGUACAACGGGAGCGGUCGAAUACCCAACAAGAUGAUUACGAAUAUCGCGACAAGCCGCGCCGGGCAAAUACCUGGGCAGAUGAUGUUUAUGAUCGCCCGGCAGGAGGGCUGGGUCGCUCGGCAACGACACGUACUGCUGCUCCUCCUCCCGAUUAUGAGAAUGGAUAUGGACGUAGCCGAAGCAAUACGUAUGAAGACGAAUAUUCCUACUCAGACCGUCGACCGACCCGACCUAGCGCCCCCAAACCGGUCUUCGGGCAACGGACGGGUGGAGGCGCAGGACUUCGGCAGGACCAGGCGGUUGCGCUUUUCACAUUUGAUGCAGACCAAGAAGGUGAUCUGGGGUUCAAAAAGGGCGAAGUCAUCACCAUUAUCAAGCGAACAGAGAAGGCAGAGGAUUGGUGGACGGGGCGGAUCGGCGAUCGUGUCGGCAUCUUCCCAAGUAACUAUGUCGGCGCCUAG